UCUUACUAGCCAAUGUGGCCAAUGAAAAAUGGCUUCCGAAAGCGUUAGGCAAAUUGCCAACUGCCUGCAGACGGGAACCAAGGAAAUAUCUGGGAAUAGCGCAGUGCAAGACACAGCUGGAGUCUAUCACAUAGCAUACAUGUUGCUGUGCUUUUCCUUGUAUUUGUGUAGGAACAGCAAACUUUGGCGAUAGGUGUAAGUUUUUUUAUUUUUAGUAUCAUUGUUGCCCGUUUGUUCCGUGUCUCUACUCACUAAAUUCUAGCCUACUGAGAGCGGCAGUCUUUCCGACCAAUUAGAUUUCGCUGCCGAAUUUAUUUUGUGGGGAUUUGUGCCGGAAGGUGCACAAUCAACAACCGUGUGGGUCGGACUUGGAUUUCUUGCGGACACUUCGAACGUUUGAUGUCCAGAUUUCCCCGGUUGCGUUGUUCACAGAAUACAAACUUUACAUUAUGGGAUGUUUACAAUGUAACCAUAUUUGCUUGGUCUGUAAUGUUUUUUUGCCUUAGAAUGCAUUAUGAAAAACUGUUUACUAAUUUAAAAAUAUAUAUAUUUUCAAAGACUGGGUGUUAAAUUGCAGUUUCCCCUAUUGCAUUGAGUCAGAGCGGAAGAGGUGAAGCGAGAGGGUAUAUGUCACGUUCAAAACAACUAACUGGGAACUCGGAAAUUUCCGAGUUCCCGUGGUCGGAAUUCUGGAAAGAGGCCUGAGUUGAAUUCCGAGUUGAAUGACCAUUCAAAACGAUUUUACCUUGUCGGACCUCAUUUUUUCCCUGAGUUCAUAGUGUCUUAAACGCUCUGAAGUCUUAAAUCAGAUAUGUAGGCAGUUAAACCCACUGUUCCCAGGCCGUCAUUGUAAAUAAGAAUUUGUUCUUAACUGACUUACCUAGUUAAAUAAUAAAAAAUCGGUCCACGAAAAUGACACCACCAAGUGGCUAAUUUUUGUAUGGAGGUAAUGAGUAUCUAAUUUGGUCAACACAUGUUUUUGUUUGUUAUUGCUAAUUUGCUAUGUGAGGCUUGUUCUAUGAGAUCAUCUUCGUCAGCUAACGUCACUUUUUGUAGAUUUUGAAGCAUUUAUGUAAAACAACUACAAAGCACAGCUUCAUAAAGGUCAUGUUACUUAACUAGGCAAGUCAGUUAAGAGCAAAUUCUUAUUUACAAUAACGGCUUACCCCGGACGACGGUGGGCCAAUUGUGCGCCGCCCUAUGGGACUCCCAAUCACGACCGGUUGUGAUACAGCCUGGAUUUGAACCAGGGACUGACACCUCUUGCACAGACAUGCAGUGCCUUAGACCUCUGCACCACUCGGGAGCCCGAGUGAUAUUGACAGAGUGUCCGCAACUUGGGAACUGACUGAUAUUAUCUCCGAUCAAGACGGAUGAAUUAUGUGGGACUGAAUUUGCACUCAGUGGGCCCACUUCCCUCCACAAUGGCAGCAUCGUCUGCCUAUCAAACCGAGCCGUCCUCAGAAGCCGGGCCCAACAGCAGCACCAGCCUAAUCAAAGACGAGUGUGAGUCCGAAGAACCAAGCAAGAAACUCAAGGUUGAUCACGAGCACGGUGCCAAUGAGAGCCACCAAAAAGUAGACUUCUGGUUCUGUGAGGAGUGCAAAGAGUAUUUCUUGGAGGAAUGCCCAAACCAUGGUCCUCCGGUCUUUGUGCCAGACACACCAGUGGCACUGGGGGUACCCAACCGGGCUUCCCUCACAGUGCCCUCGGGAAUAGAGCUCGUCCGGGAGGAGGAGGAGGUGGAUGUGUGCUGCAUAGAUGCGGGCAUCCCCAAGGGGGCGCUCUUUGGCCCGUAUCAGGGGGAGUUGGUAUCUAAGGACUAUUCCUCAGGGUUUUUCUCUUGGAUGAUCGUUGAUGAGAACAACACAUACAAAUCCAUUGAUGGCAGUGAUGAAACUAAAGCCAACUGGAUGAGGUAUAUACGUAAUUCGUCGGAUGAGAAUGAGAGGAACAUGACUGCCUUCCAGCAUGGAGAGCAUAUAUAUUUCCGUGUGUGUCGGCAGUUGUCAGCAGGAGAGAAGCUCCGCGUGUGGUACAGCGAUGACUACAUGAGGCGGCUACACAGUGUCUCGCAGGACAGUAUUGGCCACAACCUGGACACAGGCCUGUUGACUGUUGGGAAAUCCGAGGCCCGGGAGGAGACCAAAGGACCUGUGCUCAGGUCGGCUCUGCAUGGCAGGUGCAGCCUCAGCAAGCACACCAGCGAGGAGGGGGACGGCCAACCACAGGCCAAGAAGAAAAAGAUCGACCUCAUCUUUAAAGAUGUCCUGGAAGCCUCUCUGGAGGCCUCCAAGAGCCAGGAAAACCCCCUGAACAGCACCUUCUCCGUGAGGCGGACCAGAGCUCAGCGCGUCACGCUCACUUCCCAGAGAGGGGAGUCCUAUCUGGCCCAGGAGGAAUGCAAAGUGACUGGUCUGGGUCUCCACCCAUCAGAGCACCUAGAGGGGGGCUUUAAUGUUCGGUGUCUGAAGAUGGAGGAUUCCGAAGACGACCCUGGUCAGAUUCAUGAGGAGCCUUCUACCUCGUUCUGCCCCAACUGUGUGAAGCUGAAGAGGAGGAUUCGGGAGCUGGAGGCAGAGGUGAUUCGUCUGAGGGGAGGAAACCAGGUGGAGGUACCACCCCACCCUGAGCUGGCACCAAUAGAUGAGCUCCAAGCAGCUGAGGCCAUGACCCCUAUUCCCGUGGUGUUGGAUGAGGAUGAUCAGGAUGUGGACUCUGCAGAUGAGUCCAUCACUGCUGACCUCAUGGUGGCUGCUGAAGACUCCUCCAAGCUGUUGGCUGGGCCUGGCCGACGUAUACGCCGCUUCAAGCAGGAAUGGCUCAAGAAGUUCUGGUUCCUGCGCUACUCGCCAACACUCAACGAGAUGUGGUGUCAUGUCUGCCGCCAGUAUACCGUCCAGUCCUCACGCACCUCCGCCUUCAUCAUCGGCUCCAAGCAGUUCAAGAUCCACACUAUCAAGCUGCACAGCCAAAGCAACCUGCACAAAAAGUGCCUGCAGCUAUACAAGCUUCGGAUGCACCCGGAGAAGACAGAGGAGAUGUGUCGUAACAUGAUGCUGCUGUUCAAUGCUGCUUACCACCUGGCACUGGAGGGCCGACCCUUCUCAGACCUGCGAGCGCUGGCUGAGUUGCUCAAGAAGUGCGAGCUCAAGGUGGUCGACCAGUACAUGAACGAAGGUGACUGCCAGAUCCUCAUCCACCAUAUCGCCAGGGCGCUUAAGGAAGACCUGGCGGAGAGGAUACGCCUGUCGCCCUUCCUCAGUGUCAUCAUGGACGGGCAAAACGAUGACUUGCUGUCAGACACCGUUGCCGUCUAUGUGCAGUUCACCACCAGCGAAGGACCCCCUGCCACAGAGUUCCUCUCCCUACAGAGGCUAAGUGUUGGCAGUGUGGAUGGCUACCUCCAGGCCAUUGAUCGGGCCUUUGCUGUGCUUGGUCUGAAGCUUCAGGACAUGCUGGUGGCCGGUCUGGGGGUCGAUGGCUCCAACAUCUCCUCCAGUUUGAGAGCAAAUCUGUACAUUGCGGUACGGAAGAAGCUCCCCUGGAUCCUCUGCUUGCCGGUCAUGAUCCAUCGUCCUCACCUGGAGGUGCUGGAUGCCAUCAGUGGGAAGGAGCUGUCCUGCCUGGAGGACCUUGAAAACAACCUGAAGCAGCUGCUGAGCUUCUAUCGGUACUCCCCUCGCAUGAUGGCCGAGCUCAGGUCUACCGCCCCCACGCUGUCUGAGGAGACAGAGUUCCUGGGAGAUAUACGAGCCGUCAGCUGGAUUAUAGGAGAGCCAAACGUCCUGAAUGCCCUUAUCAAAGAUUACCUGGAGGUGGUGGCGCACCUCAAGGACAUCAGCGGCCAAACGCAGAGGGCAGAUGCAGCUGCCAUCGCCUUGACCCUGCUUCAAUUCCUCAUGGAUUACCAGUCUGUCAAGCUAAUAUAUUUUCUCCUGGAUGUCAUCGCUGUUCUUUCGCGUCUGGCCUUCAUCUUUCAGGGGGACUACCUGCUGGUGUCUCAGGUAGAUGCCAAGAUCGAAGAGGCCAUCCAUGAGAUCGGUCAGCUGGUGGACUGCCCCGGGGAGUAUCUGCAGGAGUUUGAGGAGAACUUCCGCGAAAGCUUCAAUGGCGUAGACCUGAAUAACUUGCGCGUCGCCGAGUCCAAGUUCCAAUCCAUCCGCGAAAAGAUCUGCCAGAAGAGCCAGGGAAUCUUGUCCCAGCGACUUGACAUGCACAGCCGCACGGUGGUCAAGGCGUGCCGUGUGCUUGACCUCACCACCUGGCCACGCAACAGGGAUGACCUACGAGCCUUUGGGGAGGAAGAGAUCCUGCUCAUUUUUGACCACCUUGAAGCGAUCCCCUCGGCUGUCCGGGAGACGUCGCGGGACAGAACUGACGCUCGGGGCAGCCUGCUGGUGGAGUGGAGGGACCUCAAAGCCGACUACUACAGCAUGAAUGGCUUCAAGGAGGUGGUCAGUCAAAUCUCCAGGCACAAGCAACGCUUCCCUCUGCUUAACCGCAUACUCCAAGUUGUCAGGGUCUUGCCCACUUCCACCACCUGCUGUGACAAGGGCCGUGGGUCCCUGCAGAAAGUGCGCAAGAACAACCGCUCAAGGCUGACGCUGGACCAGAUGAAUGACCUACUGACCCUUGCAGUCAACGGGCCGCCAAUAGCAAACUUCGAUGGCAAGCGACCAUUGGACAGCUGGUUUGAGGAGAAGUCUGGCAACAGCUAUUCACUCUCAGCCGAAAUGCUGAAUAGAAUGUCGGCUAAUGAACAAAAGUAUGUUCUGCACAGCAUGGAUGUGAACACAGAGUUCUACCCUGAUAUUUGACUGAUGAGAGCCAUGGCUUUACUUCACUUUAUUCCAAAAGCCAUCCCGGGGGAGGGGUGAUCUGGGCUAUAAUGUGAUUGGCCAUACAAGUGUGCAAUGGCCCUGCUGCUAAAAUGGCCUGAUCAGCAUCACUUUAGAAAAUGGAAACCUAGCUAGUAGAAUCUGUUGAGCACACAUUUAUGUCAAGCUCAGGAGGCAAAGUUGGUCUUAAAAGGCAAGACAGGAAACCUGACUUAGUGAAAACAAUCAGUUUGUAUGAGUGUUGAAUUUAAGUAUGUGUAACAUAUAGCACUUAUGUAGAGCAUGUGCUGAUGAUCACUGGUAUCAACUCUGUUAGAAAUGGCCAUUAUCAUUUAGUGGGGCUUUUAAAAUCUGCAGUCAACACCAUUAUUUGGAAAAUGCCAUAGGUUAAUAGCUCAAGUAUACGUUUUUUGUAACAAUGCAAAUUAUUUUUCUUUCAGACAAGUCUUUGAUUUCUAUACAUUUACGGUUUAUUUUAAAAGUAGUAAAUGUUUGGUUCAAAUGACAUUUGUAUGAGAUUGUGCCAUAACAGCAUAUUGCAAGGUGAUAAAGUCUUGAUAAAGUGAAAGUUCACAAAUAACCAAGGUGCUAUGCCACACAUCGUCACAAGAGAUUAUAUGGUUUGUUUAAGUGUUUUUUUUUGUACAGGUAUAUACUGCUGUGGUGAUUGAUAUUUCUUUUGUGGCUUUUAUAGGUCUUAAAAGAUUCCAUCGGGGGGAAUGUAUUUUUUUUUUAAUUGCCUAAACAAAUGUAGGUCAAUUAUUCAUUAUGAAGCAGGUAGUUUGGAUGCUGAUUGGAUGAAAGGCGUGGUAUAUCAGACAUUUAAACUGGGAGGUUCGAGCCCUGAAUGCUGAUUGGCUGACAGCUGUGGUAUAUCAGACCGUAGACCACGGGUAUGACAAAUCAUUUAUUUUUACUGCUCUAAAUACGUU